AUUGGCUGUUUGCUUCGUGGCCUGGCAACCAGAAGAGGCUUUACCAAACAGACAGACCCCCCCCCCCCCCCCCCCCCCCCCCCCGCGCCCAACCAGCAAACAUUCGAGCUAGCUAGCUACAAUCGAGAGCUACCUAGCGACAUUCAACCCUCCAAAUACCGUCAUGUCUUCAAGAACUCUGCCUCUGCUAUUCAUCAACCUUGGCGGAGAAAUGCUGUACAUCCUGGACCAGCGGCUUCGAGCUCAGAAUAUCCCUGCUGACAAAGCCAAGAAAGUUAUGAAUGACAUCAUCACCACCAUGUUCAACAAAAAGUUCCUAGAAGAGCUUUUCAAGCCACAAGAACUUUACUCCAAAAAAGCCCUGCGGACUGUGUUCGACAGGCUGGCCCACGCCUCAAUAAUGAGACUCAAUCAGGCGAGCAUGGACAAGCUCUAUGACUUGAUGACCAUGGCUUUCAAGUACCAGGUGCUUCUCUGUCCUCGACCUAAAGACAUCCUCCUCAUCUCCUUUAACCACAUGGAUGCAAUCAAAGACUUUGUGAAAGACACUCCCAGCAUUCUCAGCCAAGUUGAUGAAACGUACCAACAGCUCAUAGAGAUGUAUACAACCUUGUGUAGUGGGGAAUUCCAGCUGAUCAGACAAACUCUUCUUAUCUUCUUCCAAGACAUGCAUAUAAGAGUUUCUAUUUUCCUCAAGGAUAAAGUGCAGAACUCCAAUGGGCGUUUUGUGCUUCCCACCAGUGGUCCUGUGCCUUAUGGAACACAAGUCCCUGGCUUGAUAAGGAUGUUUAGCUGUACUGGUGAAGAGGUGACCAGGCUGCAGUUCAAUAAUGGAGGAAACUAUACCGCGGCUCUCCGGGAAGGAUCUUUCGAGAUAUUUAGAGACAGGGUCACCAAACUCGGCACAAACAUGUACAGUGUAAGCCGCCCAGUGGAAACACACAUGUCGGGAACAUCUAAAAAUUCUGCUCAGCACACUAAGGUCAACACUGCUCCCAACCCUCUGGCCAAAGAGGAGCUAAAUCUGUUGGCCAAGUUAAUGGGAGGGCUAGACGUUCCGAAAUCAGGAAAUGCAGACAACAGCUUCCGGGUCAACCUCUUCAAUACCGAUGAGGAGGAAGAAGAGGCAUUGAUAUCAAGACCAGGUGACCUUUCAUAUGGAGUUAUUAACAUCCAAGCAACAAAGGACCAGCAAGUCAAUGCAGAGCUGGCCAAGAUCAUGGGGGAGUUCACAGAGUCUGGAGAUCAAUCUCCCAGUUCCAGCAGUAAAGGAGACGACCUUCUGGCCAUGAUGGACGGGCUGUGACAUGGUCACCCUGACAAAAAUGCACAUUGGGUGGGGCACAAUGCAUCGUCAAUGUCUGUUUUUACUGUAGACCAGGCGUCUGUCUGUAGCUGCGUACACACUGCAGCAACCUGACAUGCCAUCAGAAAACCUUAUUUGGAUGAUUUUAAAAUGGAGAUGUGUGCAGGUGUUUCAACUGGUUGUCAAAUGACCAAUUGCAAAUUUGCAUAGUCAACAACAAAGAAAGUGGUGAGCCAAGCUUUAAGGUGUAAUGGCAUGUUUGGAAAAAAAAGAGUUUCAGUGCAUCAAAAUAUACAGUGGGCAUACUGUAUAUUAGCGUAUGUGGUAAUACCAAAACAUCUGUUCGUAUCAUGAUGCAUUUGUUCAAUCAGAGUCAGACUUUGCUGCUAUAUCCACAAAAUACACAUUCCUUUAAUUUUACACAAUGUAAUUUAUCUUAAAUGUCAAUACAUCUAUGUUUUAGUUUGAUUUGAUUGUUUAUAGUCCAUAGUUCCAUGUUACACAGUGCUCUAUUUUGAUGAACAAAUUGUGAUAUUAUGGGGGAAUUGCAGAAAACCAAAGUGCUCUUUCUAUUGUGAUUAAAAAUCCCUCAAAUGUUUAUUUUGGUGAGAAAUAUAUUUAUCUUGCAUCACACUGUACUACCUUUAAACAGUAUGAGAGCAACUUGUAAGACAUUUUUCACUACCCUGUGAUGUCUCUAGUGUUAAGCUAUGGCCCAAGAAUGUGCUCAUAUCAGUUUAUGUUUAUUAUAGUUUAUUAGUUUAUUAUGAUAUAUAGAGCAAUUCAGUAAAAGUUAUGUCUAAUAUGUAAAUAUGAUCAUACUUUAUUUAUUUAAAUGUAUAAUGUUCUGUGUAUAGGAAGGUACAAAUUGCUACAGUUGUUAAAUUGUUGAAUGUGUGAUGAAGGAUUUUUAAUAAAUAGAUAGAAAAAUAUGUA